UUCUCUUCUUCGCCGUGGACGCUUUCUGCAGAUGAUCUGCAAAUGAUCUAGGCUGCCGAAUAACUUCCGCCACUGUUUGGGUCAUCUGUCUAUCUAUGGAGGCUGCAGGCGUUGGGAAGGGGCCGAGUGAGGGUGAGAGUGACGGCGGCGUCAAACGGGAGAGGAGUGAGAGCGGCAGGCACUGUCAGAACGCCGGACUGCAGGUGGUCAUUGUUGGGGGAGGCAUUGUCGCCGCAUCCAUCGCAUGGUAACGACCAACCAACACUCAUGGCAGAGAGCAACCACAAGGCUGAGGUUUGCUUGGUCCCCCCACCGUUUGAUUGUCUGUUCCGUUCGCAGGAAUGUAUCUUUGACGUGCAGCGUGAUAGUCGUGCACGACACCCCGGUGGACUCUGUGCUGCCCGUCGCGUGUGAAGACCACGACACGGCCGACUCGCGACACCCACGAGCGCCACAACACUCUAUCAGCCAGUUAUCGAUACCGGUUAGCACUCGCCGCAGAAAGAUAGAGGUUUUGUCCGUCCGUUUGCUCAGUGUGGGAAUGACGUGAAUCAGGGCGGCAGCGAUGCUCUGGAGAGUCCGUCGUGCUACCCCUUUGGCUGGAUCAACAGCUACCCCCCCAACAGCCACGACUCGCGCACCAAAUUCGGACACAACCUCCUCAGCAGACUCGCCACACGAAUGUGGCCCAAGUAACUUACAAUCAGACAGGGCACUAUUGAUCAGCGUCAGCCCGUGGCAAAAUGCUGUCUGUGUUUGCUUGUCAGGUUCUUGAGUCUGCUGAAUCUGUCUGCCGGCGAAUGCAGCUACAGAUGUGGAUCGUGCCUGUGGGCCACAGAUGGUACGGCGACUUGAUGCGUCCAGUAUCUUUGACACGUCACACCGUGUGUGGGUGGGUGGAUGUGCAGAGGACAGCGUCAAGCUCUUGGAGGAGUCGAUAAGGCUGUGUCGCGACGUCGACUACCGGUCCACCCAGGUGUCGCCCGUCGACCUCAAGGACCGCAUCGGCAGCAAGGUGCGGCUCAACUCGGCCCGCCUGUGUGUGCAUAACCCCGACGAGGCCACGGUGGACGCCGACGUGGUGGCCAACCGGUGUUUCCAGAAGGCCAAGGAGUGCGGGGCGACCGUCGUGAGGGCCCGAGCGCUGCGCAUCAUCAUCGACAGCGACGGGGCCGUCAAGGGCGUCGAGACCAGCAAACACGAGGUCAUCACCGCUGAUGUCGUCGUCAUUGCAUCGGGUAAGGGAGGGAGGGAGGGAGGGAGGGAGGCAUCUCGAUGAACAGAUCGACAGAUGACAUGGCAAUAUGGCCGAUGUGUCGACUGUGUGUGUGCAGGUGUAGGCUCUGAGGCGUCUCGGCUGGCUUUGACGGCGGGUAUUCGGCACAUUCCCUUGAUGCCUUGCUCUGACGUCAUAGUUCGGGCACAGAGCGAGGACCCCGUCAACAAACCACUGCCCAGGUUGCUCAAGGACUGUGGAUGCCUACAGGUGCAUACACAACCACACACCUACACCUACACGAUGGAUGGAUGGAUGAAUGGAUGGAUGGACGGCGGUUUUGCUGCUCGCUUGUGUUGAUCAGAAAUUCUGUCUUGGGACCGACGACGGCAGGGACCACAGGAUUGAAAACUACCACCUCAGACAGGUAGGGGUGCACAAGGACGAAUCGGACGCACCAACACGCCCUCUUACACGCGCUGCAUGUGUGUAUGUGUCUGUGUGUGUAUCAGAAAGCUGACGGGAGCAUUGUGAUGGCCAGGAUAGGUCGUGGCAUGGAUCGCAGCAGUGAAUUUUUGGACGCCUCAAUCGGCAGGCAGGACGGAUCCGCCACAUCCGCCAACAUGGCACUCACACUUAGACGAUCGUCCUCGGCCGGCGGCGGGGCGAGGAUACGCUCUGCCAUGAGCGCCACCUCGGUGCUGCCGCCCACAACGCCAUCGCCAAAGCGGGCAGCCACCACCACGAUGCAAUCGGGCGGUUUCUCGCCACUGCAGCCAGGCUUCCGCCCCCUGGGUCCGUAUUGCCGUCGUCACAGCACGUCAGGGGCCGGUUUCGGUCGGGGCGAGGCCAGGUGGGAUGCGCCCAAGAUGCAGCCACUGCACGAGGAGGAGGCGCAGGACUACUCGGUCAACGUCGUCUCGCCAAGCCUCCUGGUCAGCCAGCCAGUCAGCCUGUCAGUCAGCCUGGGUGGAGGUGUGGCUGCAUGUAUGUUGGCUCCGUGUGUCGUGUGUGUGUGUGUGCGCGCGUGUAUCGAAUGCAGGUUCAUGAUGAGCCCGAGAUUCAGCACGUGGGGAGGCACGUCCUCGACACAUGGUCAGAGGUAAGCGAUCCACAUACGCUGCGCAAGUUAGCAGCCGGGUGGCUUUUCUCUGGAGGGAGGGUGGCUGCACGUGUCUGUCUGUCUGGCCCUUGUGUGUCCGUUAGGACAUCCCGGAGCUAAAUCGAGAGGACCUUGCCUUAUCGACGUGGAUAUGGGAUCGGCCGCUCGUCGAGGAUGGUAAUGUAAUGCACAUUGGACGGACGGCGCCCGUUGCAGACACUUCAUGUAAACCGCUGGCCCGUCUGUCUGUCUGUCUGUGUGUGUGUCUGUCAGGUUUGCCGAUCAUUGGGUGGAGCUCACACGUGACGAAUCUGUACCUGGCCAUCACCCAAUCAGGCGUCACGCUCGCACCGGUCAGCAUAGCUGCGGUGGCAAAGUGUCUGUUGUGUAUGUCCAUGUCUUCUUGUGGUGCAGGUGAUCGGCAAGCUGGCCGCUCCGGAGAUCCUGAGCGGCAGCACGGUAAAAGAGAAAGAGACGGCGGCACCAACAGGCACAAUGCCCACACACCGCUCCGCUGUCGGUUGUCCUUCUCAACAGAGCAACGAGUUGCUGAGCCCGUAUCGCAUGACGCGUUUCGCGCAGAAAUCAUGACAAUCGAGCCCGUCUGUGCUGGCCAAGAGUGCGCAUGGUGCAUGGAGGUGGGCAGUUGAGGUGGGCAGUUGGAGGGAGAGGGGAUGGAGAGGCAGACAGACAGACAGACAGGCAUGGGACGAGGGGGGCGUGUCUUGUAUAUGAUGAUGUGAUGGGUUGGGUUGGGUUGGGUGACGGGACGCACAAGUG